AUGGCUGACCCCAAAAUCGAAGAAAUCUUAGCGCCUCUGCGCGCCAGCGUCAAGGAACAAGGCGACUUUGUGAGGAAACUCAAAGAAGAAAAAGCUCCUGAAAUUGACAUAAAAAAAGCUGUUGCUGAACUUAAGGCAAGAAAAAAGGUUUUGGAGGAUAAAGAACUCAGUCUCGCUCCCACCGAAGAGCUCUUUGAUCGUGCUAAAAUGGAGGACCUUAUCAAAAGAAGGUUCUUCUAUGACCAAUCUUUUGCUAUAUAUGGAGGUAUCACUGGUCAAUUUGAUUUUGGUCCAAUGGGAUGCGCCCUUAAGAGCAACAUGAUCCAGCUUUGGCGGAAAUAUUUUAUCCUGCAGGAGCAGAUGUUGGAGGUGGAUUGUUCAAUCUUAACCCCAGAGCCAGUUCUAAAAGCUUCAGGACAUGUUGAACGGUUCGCUGACCUUAUGACUAAAGAUGUCAAGUCAGGAGAAUGCUUCCGUCUGGAUCACUUGAUAAAGGCUCACCUUGAAAAAGUAAAAAGUGAGAAAAAUUCAACUGCUGAACUAAAAGCCGAGAUUGAAGAUAUUUUAGUGAAGCUUGAUGGUAUGACAGCUGACCAAAUGGAAGCAUUGAUGCAGAGAUUCCAAAUGAAGUCACCCAUAAGUGGCAAUGAUUUGACUCCACCUAUAGAGUUUAACCUUAUGUUUAACACUCAGAUUGGUCCUAGUGGUUUAGUUAAAGGGUUCUUGAGACCUGAAACAGCUCAAGGCAUAUUUGUCAACUUUAAACGACUUCUGGAGUUUAACCAAGGCCGUUUACCAUUUGCUGCUGCUCAAAUUGGAAAUUCAUUCAGAAAUGAAAUAUCUCCUCGCUCUGGCUUACUCAGGGUUAGAGAAUUCACUAUGUGUGAAAUUGAACACUUCUGUGACUCCAAAGACCACCCGAAGUUUGAAUCUGUAAAGAACACACAGAUGCUGUUCUAUUCUGCUGAUAGCCAGGAACAGGGAAGACCAGCAGAGAUUAUGACCAUUGGUGAUGCUGUUACUAAAGGAAUUGUGAACAAUGAAACUUUGGGAUACUUUAUGGCAAGAAUCCACUUGUACAUGUUGGCUGUUGGCAUUGAUCCUAAGAAGCUAAGGUUCAGACAGCACAUGGGUAAUGAGAUGGCUCACUAUGCUUGUGACUGCUGGGAUGCUGAGUGUCUCACCAGCUAUGGCUGGGUAGAAUGUGUAGGCUGUGCUGAUAGGUCUGCAUAUGAUUUGACUCAGCACAGCAAAGCUACAGGCAUUAGGCUUGCAGCUGAGAAAAAACUUCCUGCACCAAAACAAAUAGAAGUUGUUGAAGCUGUCCCUAAUAAAGCCGCUAUUGGCAAAGAGUUUAAGAAAGAUGCUAAAGUUAUCAAUGAUGGGUUAGCUGCCAUGGACUCUGCUGAGUUAGAAAAUUUGCAAGCCAAGUUAACUGGUGAUGGUGAAUACAUCCUAUCUACUCCAAAUGGUGAAUUUAAACUCACACCAACCCUUGUCAGUGUAAAGAAAACUCAAAAAACUGUUCAUGUUGAGGAAAUUAUUCCAAGCGUAAUUGAGCCUUCAUUUGGCGUUGGUAGGAUCCUUUAUUCAAUUCUAGAGCAUAAUUUCAGGAUGAGAGAAGGUGAUGAACAGAGGACCUACUUCUCCUUACCAGCUACAGUUGCACCUAUGAAGUGCGCAGUCUUACCUCUUAGUGGUAACGCCGAAUUCCAACCAUUUGUCAGGGAACUGUCACAGGGAUUGAUAAACGCAGAUGUGUCGCACAAAGUCGACGACUCCUCUGGUUCUAUUGGCCGACGCUAUGCUAGAACUGAUGAACUGGGUGUGCCUUACGCAAUUACCGUCGACUUCGAUACUAUAAAAGAACCCCAUUCAGUAACAUUGAGAGAGAGAGACAGUAUGGGACAAGUGAGACUACCACUGGAUGAUGUACCUGUUGUUGUGAGAGAUUUGUCCAAUAGCAAGAUCUCUUGGACUGAUGUGGAACAGAAGUAUCCUAAGUUUGAGCAGCAGGAAACUAAAGGCGCUGCAGCAUAG